AUGAAUGUGUUCCACUCACCUAAUUCUGCCCACAACUCCAAACAUAUCCUACCAACAACUUCUGAUGUACCGUUAAAUGGUACGGAUACCUUUAUUUCAGACAAUUCCCAAACUAUCAUGACACGACUAAAUAACUCAACUGACUCACAUGCCAAUAGUUCUUCAUCUGUGCCUUUCUGUAAUUCUCCGACUGAAUUGUUUAUUAAUGUAUCCUCAUCUUGUCCACCACGUCUAACUACAACUACUAAGAAAACAAUGUAUGUCCGGGCUCUUUUUGAUUAUGAUCCCAAUAUGGAUACUGGUUUGCCAGGUCGGGGUUUACCGUUUCAACAUGGGGAUAUUUUACACGUUGUUAAUGCUAGUGAUCGUGAAUGGUGGCAAGCUAAACGAAUUUCUUUAGUAUCCGAUUUUGAAAAUGCUGCUCAUGUAAAUUCGAUGCAUUCAACAACAGAUAAUACUAAUAAUAAUACUAUUAAUAGUAAUACACAAACAUCUACAUUACUUUCAUCUACUACCGGACUUGGAAUAGUUCCUAGUUGUCAACGUAUCGAAAGACGUCAGAGAACACGAUUAAAACGUGUGAAUUUUGUUGGUAAAGUCACUGUGAUUGGUUCAACAUCUUAUCCGCAUACUACUAGUAUUAACAACACCAAAGACAGUAACACAUCAUCAUGUGUUUCGAAUUCAGGAAUAAUAAAUCAAUCCCCCUGGGAUAUUGGUAACAAUGAUUUUACUACAAAUAAUAACAAUAAUUGUGCUACAACUACUACUUAUAAUAAUAAUAUAUCUGUGGAUGCUGGUAUCAGUUCGAAUAGCAGUGAAACGUUAAGAAAUAAUUCUCUUGAUAUGAAUAUAAGAAAUAAUACACCUAUGGAUAUGCCUAUUGUAUCUAAUUCAACUGGUACUGAUACUAAGAAGAAGAGAUCUGGUAGUUUAACAAGAAAUCUACUAAAGUGCUUCUCUCAUCGGUCCAUUAAAAACGAUCCAAUUGGCGCAUUGACUGUUACACGAACUGGAUCUUUGGAUGGAGUUAAUCAGAACAGACACCCUAUAAUCCGAAGUUAUGAUCUUGUAGUUCCAGUCACUAUUUCUAUGGCACGUCCUUUAAUAUUUUUCGGUCCAUUGAAGGAUCGCAUUAUUGAUGAAUUAUUAUUGCAUGAUUCACAAUUUACAACAUGUGUAUUACACACAAAUAGACCACAACGGUCAAAUGAACGUAAUGGUGUUGAUUAUUAUUUUGUACCAUCGAAAUCAAUUAUGGAAGAAGAUAUUAAACAAGGCAAAUAUAUUGAAGUUAAUCGUUUUCAAGAUCAUUACUAUGGUACAAGUUUAGAAUCGGUCCGAUCGAUUCUUCAGUCAGGACGAAUAUGCAUUUUAGAUGUUGGCUUAGAUGCUGCUAAAUAUUUAGAAGAGGUCGGUUUAUUUCCUAUAACUAUUCUAUUGAAACCAAAAUCGGUCAUACAUUUACGUUCAUUACAACGUCGAUUAACAGAAGAUCAAGCUAAACGAUCAAUGGAACAAAUACACAAUAUUGAAGAUGAGAAUUGGCGUUUUCUUUCAGCAAUUAUAACCUAUGAAAAUUUUGACAAUGUAUUAUUAUCUGUUAAAAAUUAUGUUCAAUUACAUAGUGGUCCAGUGAUUUGGGUACCUUCAGCAUUAUCUACCUUACCCGGUGUUCAAUGUUUAACAAGUACACCUAAGAUCAAUUAUCAUUCACUUGUAACUGAUCCAAUUAAUCAUCCUCAACAUAAUGUUAAUAAUAUUACUACUAACACUACAACUAAUGAUAAUAAUAAUAUUAGUGCCUUACAAUCAUUAUCUAUUCAAUCUGUAAAUUCAACACAAUAAGACUCCUGAUCAUCAUUGAAACAAUCCAUCAUGUAAACAAGAUUUGAUAAUUGAAAACAAAACAAAAAAAAGAGGUUUCAGUGAAUGAAUUUUAUUCAGAAUAUAAAAACAAACUGAAUUGAUUUACAUGGAAUAAAUUGUUUUCAAGAUCGUUUCUUUUAUUUAUUUAUUUAUUUAUUAAAUGAUCUCUAAUUGUUUAUUUACUUCUCUGUCUAUUGUAUACAUUACAAUUUAUUUUAUUUUUUAAAAAGAACUUAUCCAUAUGUAUGUUACAUUGUUUAUAAUUCAUUUGACUUUUUACUACAUGUUUCUUCUUACUAUUUACUUACCGUAUAUAUUCUAUAUGUAUAUGCAUCGUUAUUCUGUACUCAUUUGUGUUGGCUAUCAUACUGUCUCUUGAAUGUGUCAUUAGUUUGUUUCUAUGAUUCUAUUCAUCUUUACUUUGCAUUUUCUUGGUCACUUUCUAUCGGUUUAGUUAUUCAUUUAAACAUAUACAUGUGUCUGUUGUAGAAUUUAUAUAUAUGGUUUAAUUUUUUUUUGUUAUAAGCUAUUGAACACUGCUAGUUUUAAUGAUCAAGAUGUUAACAUUUCAAUCAAGAAUUUUGGGGUUCAAAUCUGUCCCUACCUAUUUCUGUUUAAACUGAGGGAUAACAACACAACAGUCUUUACAGAUAAACAAUACUGUUCAAAGGCGAGUAUACAGAUCAUAUUGAACAUUCUUGUUCUACUGUCUUCUACGAUAUACUUUUAUGUACUAUGUAUGAUCUCUUACUUCAUCAUCAUCAUCAAUAAUCUUAUUGAAAGAGAAUGUUUAGUUUUUAAUUUAUCAAAUAGUAAUUGAUUGUUUCUUUUUAAACGAAUUGUACCAAAAAAAACAUUCCUCUUAUUUUAUAAUUCUUUCCGUGGUAGAAAUGAUGAGAAUGAUCUAUCAUGAUGAUAUCCAUCUGAAUCUUUCUUUUCUUACUCAUAUGAAACAACAGUAUCAACAUCCUUAGCAUCAACAACAACGUUCAUGAUAACGAUGAUCUCUGAGGAUAUCAUAUUUCCCAAAAACACUAUAAACAAAUUGUUAAUGUUAUAUUUAAUAAAUAAUGUGAAUAAUAUUGUAGAUUUGUGUUUGUGUGUUUUUUUUCUGCUUUAUGAAAUCUGCUUAUUGCUAUGUGUGAAUGAUAAUGAUAUAUAUAUUCUUUAUAUUCAAUAUUGAUGAUAACUGAAAUGAUUUUCAUUAAGUGUACGUCGAUGGGUGAUGUUUGAGUAGUGACAUAUAUAUGUACAAUUACAUGUGUUCAUACGAAUUAGAAAGAAUGUAUCUUGAUACAUGAAUUCACAUUAAAAUAGAGAGAGAGAGAGAGCGGGGGGUGAAGCAAGAAAGAAUUCUUUUUCAUAAUUUACUUCACUUGACUUUGAUUAGUAAACUUCACAUCCCAGUGUAAUAAUGUUGGAAAAAGAAUCUUUUCAUAGUAUUUUAAUGUUUGAUGUUCUGUUUUUAUUGUGAAAUAAAAUAUAUAUAACUUAAUUCAUUGUCAAUCUAUAUGAAUAUUUAUCUAUGAAUUGAAUAUAUAUUUAUAUCUCCCCCUUUCUGUGUUUAUGUAUUGUCAACGAUUAAUUUGUACAUAGGACAUAAUGAUACAGUGUAUAUUUUUAUAUUAUAAAGUGUUAGAAUCUUGCUUGUAUAUGUGUGAAUGUAUUUUUCUUUUUUUUCUUUUUUUUUAAAGACAAUUCUUGCCUCUCUAUUUUAAUUGCAUAGCAACUACCUCUUUUUUUAUGUAUGAACAAUAAAAGUAGUUUCCUAAUGGUUCACAAUUUGUAAAUAAUCAUGAACUUUUUAACAGGUAUUAGUAUUAACAUUAAAUUCCUGUUAUUACUCUUCAUGAAAUUGAAUCAAAUCAUUUACAUUGUUCAAUGCAUAUCAUAUUUUAAUGUCUUUAUAGAGAUGAUCAAAUUUACAUUGGAUCAUUUAAUCUGAUCAUAUACAUAUAUGUACUUAUAUGCUUGCGUUAAAGUAUGUAUACACAAACUCAUGUAUACAUUCACUUAUACGUAUACCCUUCUCUGGUUCAGUAGUCGGUCAUUUAAAAAAAAAUUAGUGUUGUAGUGAUGCUCUGCUAUUGUUAAUCAUAAUAAUAAGGAUGAUCAUAGUAUCUUUUUCAGAGUUGAGAAAUCAAAAUGAUCUAAUAAAAUUGUAUACAUUAUUUAUUUUAUACGUGUACUCAGCUUACUACCGCGUCUUUUUUUUCUUUUAAAUUCAGUUAUCCUAUUUAAAUGAUUAUAUGAAUGCGUGUUUUUGAAUAUGAACCAUGGGGGUACCUACUUAAGAACACACACUAACUGCUGACUUGUUGUAAUGAAUUUAUCUAACUGUGCUGGUGAAAUUUUUUCUUGUGAAAUAGAAAAAAAAACAUAUUCAUAGUGAAAUUGAUAAUCUUUCCCUGUUUUGGUUGUCUGUUUAACGUUGAACAUCUUUGUUUAUGUAAUGGUAUAUAUAUAUACGUGUGCGUGUAUACAUUAAAUGGCAUACAAGCAUAAAGGAACAACUGUGGUAGUGUACCAUGUCAGCUUUACUCUCUUUUUAGAUACCAGAAAUGGUAUUUCAUUUUGUUUGUUUUCUUUUUAGCUUUUACUGUUCUUAAUAUUAUUACUGUUUGUUUCUCUUGUCUACUUGAAUUAGUAGACAAGCAUUAUGUAUGCGUACAUGUAUUUGGAAAUUUUUUUUCUUGUUUACAAUAAAUACAAUGCUAUUGAAAGAAUUAAUCUGAAUUUUUAUGUAUUUUGUUCAUGAGUGAAUGUGAAAGGUUUUUUUUCUCAUUAUAAAUUAUUGUUUAUGAAAGAAUUUUGGCAAAGCUGAAUGUUGAAUGAUUUAUUUAUGAGAAUUUCAUUGUCUAUUUAGAGAACAUUAUCAAUACAGACUUAUAACAAGUGAUCAUCAACAGUUUGUUUGUUUGUUGUUAUAAAUUACCCUCUUAUCAUCUGAAUAGAUAUUUUGAUCAUUUU